UGGAUCUGGGCUUGAGUCUGAAUUGGCUUCAAGCUCUGGGUUAGGUAUUUGGUCUGGCUCUGGAAUCACAUCUGAAUCUGAAUUUGCAACAGGAUCUGAAACUAGCUGGGGAUCUGGCUUUGAAACACAGGGGUUUUCUGAGGAAAAUCAACUAGUAAUGACCACUGAUCAUAGGGGGUUAGAUAGUGGAGGCAGUGUAGCUUCCCAUACAAAUGAGCUGAAAUUGAACUUUCAAAAGAGUAACAGAACAGAUGAGGGCCAUAAUCUUGGUAGCACAAAAUCAGUGGAAAAUUUUGAUUUAUCUGGCGACACCCCCAAUAACACAAGAGGAAAUAGAAAACUUAACAGUAGCUCUAAUUGGAAUGCUAAUGACUUAAAUUUGACAAAGUAUUCUCAUGAAAACUCUACCCCAGAAGAUUUACUAACCCCAAGUCUAGGCAACAACUUGGUAGAGACUACCCAGGUACCUAAGGACAACCAACUAGUGGAUGCUUCUCAGUUAUCAGCUGGUGAAUUAACAGCUAACCAGGAAGCUUUACUUAACCAAGUGUCACAGACUACACAAGUUUCAUUUGUUAGCCAGGCACCUUCUACAACCCAAACACCCAGAACUAAUAGCCAAAAAACGUUAAUUACCCAAGCACAAACAGCUAGCAUGAGACCAGACACUACCUUAAAACCCAUUGCUGUCCAACCUCAAGUACCCACUCAAGCAUCGGUGACCAGCCAAAUUGAUCACAUCUUAGAUGCUACUCAGACAUCAGUAAGUGAGCCUAGCCAAGCAACCUUAAUUAGCCCGACAUCUGUAGGUAGGCUGGCACCAGCUGAGAGCCACACAGAAGUAGCUAAAUCAGCUCUUAUCGCAGAAUCCCCUCAAUGCUUGUUGCUAGAUACUGCUCUCCCUUUCUGCUCCUCCAUGGUUGGGGAAAGGUUUGUUGUGCCCAAUUACCUCAACCAAACCACUGUGGAGGAAGUCCAGGUACUCCUAAAUGAAUGGGCAUGGCUGUUGAAGUCACCUUGCCACCAUAGUUUGGAGUGGUUUUUCUGCCUUCUCUUGGUACCAAAGUGUGGCUCUCUGGUGACGCUGCCGGUGUUGCCUUGCCGGAGUUUCUGCGAAGUCUUGCGGGACAGUUGCUGGACACUCCUGGAUGAGGGACGCCUCCCUUUGGAGUGCCACACUCUACCAGACGAGGAGGAUGAUGGGUAUACGUGCUUGUCAGUUAGUAACCAGAAAGAACACAGUGGAGUCUCCCUGCUACAGCUGAUUGGGGAUCCUCCUCCUAAUACGAUCAGCCAGGUUUUCGGGCCCGACAACAGCCCUGGCUAUGUCUUUGGCCCCGAUGCCAACACAGGCCAGCUGGCCCGCGCCCACCUGCCCAGCCCCUUCUACCGAGAUUUUUCCCUCAUCUUCAAUCUGAAACCCACAUCUGACAGGGGCGGCGUCAUCUUCUCCGUCACAGACUCCGCACAGCAGAUCAUGUACGUGGGCGUUAAGCUGUCGGCCGUGAAGGGCAGCAACCAGAACGUCAUCCUGUACUACACGGAGCCCGACUCCCAGCAGUCGUACGAGGCGGCCAGCUUCCGUGUGCCCUCCAUGAGGGAUACCUGGACCCGUUUUGCCAUUGCUGUGAGGGACGACAAGGUGAUGUUCUACCUCAACUGUGACACAGACCCUCAGGUGAUGCGCCUCGAGAGGUCCCCGGACGAGAUGGAGCUGGAGGCCGGCGCUGGGGUCUUUGUCGGCCAAGCUGGAGGAGCCGAUCCUGAGAAGUUUCUGGGGGUGAUGGGUGAGCUGAGGGUGGUGGGAGACCCCCGUGCUGCUGAGAGGCACUGUGAGGAGGAUGAAGAUGACUCGGAUGUGGCCUCAGGUGAAGGAAGUGGCUAUGAGGAAACCAGACCCCCAAAACCAGCCGUGGAGAAGCAUAGAUGGACGACGACUACUCCGUCUUCCCGGCCCAUUCAGCAGCCACCACUGACCAGGGUAGACGUGGUGUCAAUAGCAAGAGAAACAGCAAGCGACUCCCAGCACAUUUCUGUGGAGUCCGGGCCCGGACUUCCUGGGUCACCAGGGCCAGUGGGGGCUAAAGGAGAAAAGGGUGACCGAGGGGAUACAGGAGCGAAAGGAGACAGGGGUCCAAUAGGGCCGAAGGGAGAUGUUGGCUCGGGCUCGGGCUCCGGCUCACGGGGUGGAGCCCGUGGAGACAAGGGAGAACCAGGGGAAAAGGGAUCAAAGGGCAGUGCAGGCUUUGGCUACCAAGGAAAGAAGGGAGAGCCCGGCCUCUCUGGGCCACCCGGCCCCCCCGGCCCUCCAGGGCCCGCAACCGAGUUUUCAGUCGGCGCUGACGGCUCGGUCGCUUCCAGAGUCCCGGGACCCCGAGGACCAGCUGGACCGCAAGGUGCCGCGGGCCCCCAGGGACCAGCAGGAGCUGAUGGAGAGCCAGGCGAUCCAGGGGAGGAUGGAAAACCCGGUCCUGAUGGACCUCCUGGCUUCCCUGGAACCCCGGGGGACCCUGGAGCUAAAGGAGAUAAGGGAGAGCGUGGAGAGGGUCAACCGGGCCCCAGGGGCCCCCCAGGACCUCCGGGACCCCCAGGACCAGGACUCAGAUCUACUUUUGUGGACAUGGAAGGCUCAGCGUUUCCUGAUCUGGAAUCUGUUCGGGGACUGCCUGGUCUACCAGGUCCCCCUGGUCCCCCCGGUCCUCCCGGUCCCUCUACGGUAGGAGCAGGCACGGCAUCCAGUUCUGGGGCAUUUGGACCACCAGGGAAGGACGGAGCGCCCGGUCAACCUGGCUUGCCUGGUUUGCCGGGUACUGAUGGCCUCCCGGGAGUGUCUGGUCCAAAGGGAGAAAAGGGUGAUUCAGGCGAGCUGGGUCUUCCAGGAGCAGUUGGAGAUAAGGGAUCUAAAGGAGAUCCCGGUUUACCGGGAACUGCAGGAGAGCCCGGACUGGCUGGUCUGCCUGGACCUCUCGGACCGGUUGGGCCACCUGGGCCUCCCGGGCCUCCUGGACCAAGCUAUCGGGUUGGAUUUGAUGACAUGGAGGGCUCUGGUGGAGGUUUCAGCAAUGGACUGCCUGGCGUCAGAGGACCUGAAGGAAGACCGGGUUCUCCUGGCUUGCCUGGACUUCCGGGUAAAGCUGGGUUGCCUGGUAUCCCAGGUCAGAAGGGCAGCGAAGGUUCUGUAGGAAAAGAUGGCCGACCAGGGCUGGAUGGCUUCCCCGGACCUCAGGGACCAAAGGGUGGCAGUGGCAUCAAAGGAGAGAGGGGCGACCCAGGUCGGGAUGGAACUGGAAUCCCAGGUCCACCCGGCCCACCUGGACCACCUGGACAAAUCGUCUACCAGACAUCUGGCAAUGUUGAUGGGGUUGUUGGCAAUGCUGGGCCUCAGGGAGGACCUGGUUUACCUGGUCAAGCUGGAUUCCCUGGUCCUAUUGGACCAAAGGGUGACCGAGGAGACGCCGGCCCCCCAGGCUACGGAGCGAAGGGUGAGAAAGGUGAACCAGGCUUAAUAAUUGGACCGGAUGGAAAUCUUCUCCACCUGGAAGGGCUGACGGGUCCGAAGGGAGACAGAGGAUCUCCAGGACUUGUUGGCCCCACUGGACCGUAUGGGCCUCCUGGAAUAAAGGGUGAAAUUGGAAUGCCCGGAAGACCUGGUCGCCCCGGUGUUAAUGGGUACAAGGGUGAGAAAGGAGAGACGGGAGUUGGAUCUGGCUACGGCUACCCAGGAGUCCCUGGCCAACCGGGACCACCGGGACCACCUGGACCCCCCGGGCCAGCCAUUCCCUUAGAUCGCUUCAACCGCUACGAUGAAAUUUCAAGGAACUACCCAGCGACUAAAGGGGAAAAAGGAGAGCAGGGUGACCGAGGACUUCCAGGAGCCUCCAAUUUUGAUAUUUACACAUUCAAGAAUGAACUGAAGGGGGAGCGUGGAGACUCAGGUGUGAAGGGAGAAAAGGGAGAGCCUGGUGGUGGAUAUUAUGACCCACGUUUUGGAGGAGUACAAGGCCCACCAGGUCCUCCUGGCAAACCAGGCCUACAUGGCCCAAAGGGAGAAUCCAUAAUGGGCCCUCCUGGACCCCAGGGGCCACCAGGGUCACCAGGGAUUGGUUACGAUGGGCGUCCAGGUCCUCCCGGACCACCUGGACCUCCAGGAUCUCCCUCACUUUCCGGGGAAUAUAGGCCCAAUCACUCCGUCAGCAUUCCCGGACCUCCCGGUCCUCCUGGUGCACCUGGCAUACCCGGUCACUCCUCUGGGGUUACUGUUUUGAGGUCCUACGAAACGAUGGUAGCUACAGCCAGACGGCAGGGGGAGGGCAGCCUCAUCUACAUCAUAGACAAAGCUGACCUGUAUUUGAGAGUACGCGAUGGACUGCGCCAAGUCAUGCUUGGAGAGUACAGUCCAUUCUUCAGAGAUCUGGAGAACGAGGUGGCAGAGGUGCAGCCUCCCCCUGUGAUCCUGCACCCCCAGUCCCAGGACCAGUCACAGAACAAUGGAGCCGGCCAUUACUCCCAGGGCGGUCACGCCAUACGACCCAUCGAGCCUCCGCCGCAGCCACCCGUAGACCCCAGGUACCCCCCGCAGUACGAUCCCAGAUUCCCGGACCCCAGACACACGGGUCAGACGGACGGAAGACCGGCCACCCAACAGGCCGAGAACAGAUAUCCCAUAACUCCACAGCGACGACCCAGCACACCUGUACCGCAGCCUGCUGGCCACUCGGACCCAUCGGCAUCAGGACUACAUCUCAUUGCCUUGAACGCCCCUCAAACUGGCAACAUGCGAGGAAUUCGCGGGGCAGACUUCCUGUGCUUCCAGCAGGCCCGCGCCAUAGGCCUGAAGGGAACCUUCAGAGCUUUCCUGUCCUCCAAGCUUCAAGACCUCUACACCAUCGUCCGCAGGUCGGACAGGGACAGCGUCCCCAUCGUCAACCUCAAGGACCAAGUGUUGUUCAGCAGUUGGGAGUCUCUCUUCGGCGACGACGCUAACAAAAUGAGGGGGAACGUGCCAAUCUACUCCUUCGACGGUAGAGACACCCUCAGGGACAGCGCAUGGCCAGAGAAAAUGGUGUGGCACGGCUCGAGCAACAAAGGUCACCGGCAAAUGGACCACUACUGUGAAACAUGGCGGGCAGGCGACCCCGCCGUAACCGGUCUGGCAUCAUCGCUACAGAGCAGGCACCUCCUGCAGCAAACGUCCAGCAGCUGCUCGGGCUCCCACAUCGUCCUGUGCAUCGAGAACGCCUUCACUACACACUCCAAAAAAUAACUUUUUGGCGUUCCGGGCCCCACAUUUUAACUCCCCCGAAAAAACACGCGGCGUCUGACGAACGGGACCCGCGGCUCUGCGCCCGGCAGAGACAUUGUCCGCCCCUCCGCAAACGCCAAAGAGACGAGGCGAACAGAGGGGCGUCGGUCCUUUUUUCUCGGGGGCAUCGGCACAUAUUUUCUCCAAGGGGCGGAACGAGAGCGGAGAAGCUAAACGCAUUCUCAAAUUGUAUCCAUUUGUAUAUUACACGUUUUUGUUGUUGUUGACGUCAUCAAUGUUUUACCUUUUGAACCGUUUAUCAAAAAAUGCUAUAUCCAUCCUUUUUUUGUAUCGUAGGUACCGAUAAUUUCCACAUUUAUUUCAUUUUAGGGUUACGAUGGGGAACGGCAAACGUUUAAAGACUAUUUUAAAGAAGACGAUUGAUAUUUAUUUGUAAAUGAAGUUAAAUGCCCUCAUUUAUAUCGUACGCAGCACAAAACAUUUGACUUUUCUUUCAAGAGUUUCUAAGGCCUGUUACGAAAAGGUCAAUUAGGGAACCGCUCCAUUUGUAUGCAUGAUUCUACAAAUAUGUUAACGCUACCGUAGAGGACGAGAUUCCUCAGAGCUGAAAUAGAGCCUUUAGAAUGUGAAAUGGUGAUUUUCCCCUCAUGCCGCUUUAUAAAAAGCUACGGGCGAGCGAGGAGAGGGCAGUUUUUGCAGUAGCCCCGUUUGAAUUCCAGAGACUGACCUGGCCUCGGCGCUGCCGACGUCCUGCGGAUAUCCAUUUUUAUAACAAAUUGUGCUGUACCAUUUGUCCCGGGCACUGAAUAAAAGUGUUUUUCAACUAA